CUGAGGUGGUUGCGGGACUGUGUCCCUUUACGCUGUCGCGUAACUACCUCGGGUUCACGACUCCCCGUCCGUAACUCUCGAAUCUGACUCGGAUCCGACGGCAGAGAUGAGAACGAAGAGCCCGCGGUCAAUCUAAGGAAGAUCGGAGGCCUCGAGGAGGACAACCACCCCAUCAACAGAACAUCUUGAGAAAGAUAUGAGAUGUACCCAUGUUCAGUGCAAGGACAGGCACUCAUAUCCUCUCAGGCUGCUGGAACACACCAAAGUACGCAGUGACGAUUACCUCUUCUCUUCAACUCACGAAGGAGAUGGGGUCGUGGGAGAGUCUGAUCUCCCUAGCCAACUGGUUAAACUCUUGACCAUACCCACCGCAGCCAAGCAUAGGCUUGGUGGGCUUUUGAGUACGCACGAAACCGGGCGUGUUGUCCCGGUUGCUGCGUUGUGGGUGCUGCUUGACAAUGAUGUCUAUGCUGCUACCCGCCAGAUGUUGAAGUUUCAGGCUGAAAUUGCCCAACUUCCCUGGCAUGCAAUUGAGCUCCAAGCCUGGCUUAUCUAUUGUGGCACACUCAAUGAUGCCUCUUUCAGACUCGCCAUUAAGCGCGAGAUAGCCCAGAUCGCUUUUGCCGGUCUAGAUAGGCAUGGCCCUGUCCCCGACACCCGCCAAAUCAGGGAGUCUGGGCGCCUUUGGAUCGAUACUAUCAGCCUCGUCCCUCGUGAGACCUGGUCGGAUGCACUCAUCACCAAUUACAAUAGAGUGAAUGAGAUUGUCCAGCAGCAGCGCACCGAGCGUGCUCCUCAGCGAGCUAGUGCUGCUGGUUCCGUUGUUGGUGCUGAUCGCGUCUCAGUUACCUCAACUCAUCCUGAACCCUGAUAUGAGUCAAUCUUGAGAGGAUAUGAGUGCAAGGACAGGCAAUCAUGAAAGAACUGCGUAUUUGAGGAAUAUAGUCAGUCGUUCACGAUUUGUGAACAGCAACAUAAGCCGCCCAAGGCUGUAGGGCAAGGUCGGCUUCAUAUGCGGACGAAAGCAUG